UCUCUUCUUCUUCUUCUGAAGAACCAGUAUCAUGAUCUAGCUUAGCUUAGCUAGUACCAGUAGUAGUGUUGCUGCAAAAAAAAAAAAAAAUAAAGCUGCUCAAUUGAGAAAAGGCUGCUUCCAUCAAAGCAAAGGAACCCCCUUUCUUUCCCCUUUUCCCUCUCUUCCUUCUUUCCACAACAAAAGCUGCAGCUCAUCGACCGAAAGGAAGGAAGCAAGCAAGCAAGAGGAAGCACCACCAAGCAACAAGAAAAGAAAGCAAAGAAGAUCAUCAUCCAUCAGCAGCACAAGCAAAACCCAAAUCGAAACCCCGAUCUCCUUUCUCUCUCUUGGUUUCCAAUUCCAUGAUUACUCUCGAAGAAGAAGCCCACACCACCACAGUAACUCUACCAUCAUCAUCAUCAUCACCACCACCAUUAAAGAAGCAAAAAAGUUAAAAGAGAUUGGAAUCGCUUUUUCCAACCAGCUAGCCAUACCCAAGUAGUAGUAAUUAGUACUGUUGCAUACAAAAAUCACCAUGUUCCCCAACUUAUCAUCCUCCCCUCCCUCCUCCUUAGAAACCGAAACCGCCGCCGCGGCCGCCGCCGCCUCCCCCAGCAACAAGCGGAAGCGCCGCCCCGCCGGCACUCCAGAUCCAGAUGCGGAGGUGGUGUCGCUGUCGCCGCGGACGCUGAUGGAGUCGGACAGGUACGUGUGCGAGAUCUGCAACCAAGGUUUCCAGCGGGACCAGAACCUGCAGAUGCACCGCAGGCGCCACAAGGUCCCCUGGAAGCUGCUCAAGAGAGAAACCCCCGUCGUCAAGAAGCGUGUCUUCGUCUGCCCGGAGCCCAGCUGCCUGCACCACGACCCCUGCCACGCCCUCGGCGACCUCGUCGGGAUCAAGAAGCACUUCCGCAGGAAGCACAGCAACACCAAGCAGUGGGUCUGCGACAAGUGCUCCAAGGGCUACGCCGUCCAGUCCGACUACAAGGCCCACCUCAAGACCUGCGGCACCCGCGGCCACUCCUGCGACUGCGGCCGCGUCUUCUCCAGGGUGGAGAGCUUCAUAGAGCACCAAGACGCCUGCAGCAUGGGCAGGCAGCAACAUUCCCCACCCGACCUGCACCAACACCAUCAACAGCAGCAACACCAGACUGCAUGUCUGUCUCGAACCGCGUCGAGCCCGAGCCCGUCCAACGAGACCGCGCCGUGGCCCAUGAUCGCCCCGACGCGUCCAUCACAUCCAUCACAGCAACAACAACAACUAGCACUGGAACAACAACUUACUCCUCCUCCUCCUCCUCCGCCUCCUCCACCAGGUCAUCACCACCGCGGACGGGGGCUGAUGUUGUUGAGCAGUACUACUACUACUAGUACUGCUACAACAACAACAACAACAAUUGGUGCCCCGACAACUCCAACUUCCCACUCCUUCCACAACCUCGACCUCCAGCUGUCCUCCCCAUCGUCCUCCGCCCCCGCCGCUGCUGCAACCACGCAGCUGCAGCUGUCGGUAGGGUCGUCUUCCUGUUCGGCCGGGAGGAGGGAGGUGAAGGAGGAGAUCAUGAGGGCGGCGAUGGCGGAGAAGGCAUACGCGGAGGAGGUGAGGAAGGAGGCGAAGCGGCAGAUCCAGCUGGCGGAAGAGGAGUUCGCCAAUGCCAAGCGGAUACGGCAGCGGGCACAGGCCGAGCUGGACAAGGCGGAGGCGCUCAAGGAGCACGCCGUGAAGCAGAUGAGCUCCGCCGUCCUCCACCUCACCUGCGCCACUUGUAGGAACAAGUUUGCGGCCGCGGUGGCGCCGCCGGAUGAGAACUCGUUGGUGGUGAGUUACGUGUCGUCGGGGGUCACGGACCACGGUGAGGUCGAGAAAGGGAGGUCGGAGGGGUGA